AUGGGGGCCAGCUCCCUGUCGGAGGACUACCGUCUGUGCUUGGAAAGAGAGCGGCGCAGAGGGGGCGCGGGCGUCUGUGCGGACCCCACCCUGCGGGCCGUGCUCUGGCAGAUUCUGGUCGAGGACUUCGACCUGCAUGGGCUGCUCCAGGACGACGCCCUGGCCCUCUUCACCGACGGGCUGUGGGGCCGAAGCGACCUGGCCCCUGCCCUGCGCAACCUGGCCCGAGCGUUCGAGCUUCUGGAGCUCGCCGCUGUCCACCUCUACCUCUUCCCCUGGAGGAAGGAGUUCACCACCAUCAAGACCUUUUCUGGGGGCUAUGUCCACUUCCUGAAGGGUGUGCUUUCCGAGGAUCUCAUCACCAAGUGCUUCCAGAAGAUGGGCUACACCAGGAGGGAUGAGCAUCACCUGGUGGUGGUCACUCCCCCGCCAGGCUAUGAGCUAAUUCAGGUGGCUCUGGGCUGCUUUGCUCUGAGGUUGGAGUGUGAGAUUCUAGAGGAGAUCCUGACCAAGUUGGGGACCAGCCUACUGUCUUCAGAGGAAUUGAUUGAGGAGCGCCGAGCCAGUGGCGACGUGGACACUUGUGUGGACCGGCUGAGGAGGCGGCUAACUGGAGCCGGAGAGCCGUCCACCAGGCCCCUGGUCAGUUACCCUGCUGGCAUUGACUUGUACAGUGACAUGCUGGAAGAAGAAGGUCCUGAGGAUGAUUCCUUGUAUGGUGGCGAGCCCCUACCUGGGCCAGAGUCGCCCUCCCCGGAGCUAACCUACCAGCCCCCUAUUUGGGAACAGAGUGCCAAACUGUGGGGUACCGGCCACAUGGCCUCCAGUGCCAGGGAGCUUCGGGAGAACGGGAGCAGCUGGGAGGCUCCGAGUGUGGAGGAGCCAAUUGAGGAGAGCCUGUCCUAUGAGGCCUUCGAAGAACCCACGGAAGAGAGAACCACCUUCUCCUUCAUCGCCUUGAGGCGGGAGCUGACUCCAGAAGCUGCUGGAGGCAAGAGCCCCAGUCGUUCCCCUCGACACGUCAGGAUCGGUGGGCAUCUCGAGGCUGCUGAAGGGGCUCCUCUUUCUCCCUCUGCAUCUGGUGGGGAGCCCCAGCGCUACCAGCUUCAUGGUUGCCUGCCAGUAGGCACACUGCCCACCUACUGCUGUGAUACAUGCUGCCAGCUCCAUGCCAGCCACUGCCAGGCUGUCUACAGCUGCCGAUUGGGUCACACGUUGCACGAGCUGCAGAGUGAGAAGCAGCGACGUCUCUGGCUGCAGAGGACCCAGCUGGACUCCUUGCUUUAUGAGAGUCCCUCCAGGGCCAGGCCUUAGGAUGAGUUGGGCCAAAGAUGAACUCCCCCAAAUUGUAAGGCUCAAAUUGUCCCCCCUCCCGUCUCCAAGGAGAAGCCUGGCUUCUCCCCUGGCUGAUGGAGGAUAGGAACCUUCUAGCUCAGUAGGAAAGGAAGGAGUCUGCAAUCCUGAUCUCCUGACCUAGAUACUCGGCUCCUCUCUAGGUAGAAGGCCAGAGGCAGCAUUAUCUGGGUGCUCAGAAUUUAGGAGACCUGGGUUCUAGUUCUUUCUGCCACCAACUACUUGUGCGAGCUUUGUUAAGUCACUCAUCAUCCCCACUUGUAGUUCAGGAAACUUGGGCCCUAGGAGACUUAACCCCCUCAUCAACCUCAUGGUAUCUUGGACAAAGCUAAAAGUGCUAUACCGAUGUCAGCUGGAAUGAUUCUGCAAGGGAAUUCCCAUCUCUUGGAAAUGGAAGGCAAAAUAAGUUCUUCAUGAGGGCAUGAGAAAGCUAGUGGGGCUAUCUAGAAAAACAAACCCUCUCCCUAUUACCUUCAGCAUCGUUGUGGAAGCCCUUCUGCCAGGGAGAGAGCAGCCUUCUGGGGAAGGAGGGUCCCCUUCAGGGGCAGGGUUUGUAUUUGUUGGGGGGCUGGCCCUUCUGCUAGGAAGAGAGCUGCUUUCUGGGGAAGGAGGGUCCCCUUCAGGGGCAGGGUUUGUAUUUGAUGAUCAGGGGCUGGUCGACCCCUCCACCCCGCCCAGACAACCCCAGCCACCACAUUCCUCUCCCACAAGACCCCUGUGAUCCCUGAGGCUGUGACCAUGGAAGAAGGGCCUGGGUCCAGCAGGGUCCAUCCUGUGUAGGUGGCUGUCUGUAUUAAAGUGAGGUGAUGUUGUGUUCACCAGGGAUCUUC